AUGUUCAAACAAGGUAUUGUGCAUCGUGAUAUAAAACCGGCAAAUAUAUUUUUGGUCGGCUCGCCGUACGUGGGUUUGGCUUCGCAACAGAAUGCUUCUGAUCACCUCAACGCAACAGCCAGUUCACCGGCUGGAUCCCAAGUCACACCGAGUAACACGGGUGCAAGCGGUCCUACGCCGGAAUAUUCACUGCUCAAAUUAGGCGAUUUUAGCCACGCCUUACGUUUGCACUCACUAUCUCACCCUGUGCGAGACGGUGAAAUUCGUGAGGUUGCUGGUACGGUAUGUUAUAUGGCCCCGGAAGUGUGCCAGUCUCAAUCCCGUGGCCUCGUUACCGGUUACGGACGCCCAUGUGACAUUUGGUCCUAUUGUUGUGUCAUUUUGGCUCUCAUCACGGGUCGACAACCGUGGCACCAAUAUCGGGAUUCUUUGGCCAUAUUUUAUCGUCUUUGUCAGAAUCAGACUCCACCUCUACCCCAGGUUUACCCGGCCUCGACUAGAGGUAAAGGUGCAGAGCGUCGGAAUCUCAUUCCGCGUGAUGCCCCAAGCUCUUCGGACGAUGGUUUACCUUAUGCCAGUGCCGAAGCGGUCGCACUGCUCCAAGCCGGUAUACAACCAGAUCCUUCAAGACGCCCGAAUGCUGCCGGUCUUUUCCAAUUUGAUUUUGCCAAUUGUCCAGUUUCCUAUUUCGGUCACAUUGAAUUGGCUCACUCACGUUGA